AAACGAAAGAAGUAAACAUAAAAUAUGUACCUAACUGUCUCUCGCUGCAUCUGUGGCUGUAUUCUGUGGCUCUGACUCGUUGCCUUUUCUGAACUGUCAUACAUCUGUCAGAGUGUAAGACUCAAGACUGUUGUUGUGAUUUGUCAAUAACAAACAGUAUUUUCUUUAGUAGUUUGAGUUUAUCACAGAAAUAUUAAACCCUAAACCUAAUUAAAUAUGAUUUUACAACUAAUAUCUUAAAAACUUGAGUCCAACUAGUAUUAUUAACGUAAUUAACCAAUAUAAAAUGCCACUAUAAUAACAUAGGUUAGACUUUGUUGCCAACCCAUUCAAAAUGAAGCUCUAUUGUUUAAGCAGCGACGCAGCCAAGCCAUGCUUCGUGCUGUCGUUCAAGGAGCUGCUCAUCAUGCUGGACUGCGGUCUGUCGGCGCACUCGGUGCUGAACUUUCUACCGCUGCCGCCGGUGCCCAGCACGCGCCUUGCCUCGCUCCCGAACUACACCCCGCCACAUCUCAACGAUCCGCUCCUCGAAGGGGAGUUGAAGGAGUGCUGCGGACGCGUUUUUGUCGAUAGUAUUCCAGAGUUUUGUCCACCUCUAGACAAAGUAGUGGAUUUCUCGCAACUGGAUGUAAUCCUAAUUUCGAACUACACUUGCAUGAUGGCUCUUCCGUUCAUCACGGAAGACACGGGCUUCAAGGGGCAGGUGUACGCCACGGAGCCCACGCUGCAGAUCGGGCGCUUCUACCUGGAGGAGCUGGCCGAGUGGGUGUCGGGCGCGGCGGGCAGCGCGGCGGGCGCGGCGCGGCGCUGGAAGGAGCUGCUGCACGUGCUGCCCGCGCCGCUGGCGCACGCCGCGCGCCCGCGCUCCUGGCGCCGCCUGUUCGCGCCCGCCGCGCUGGCGCGGGCGCUGGCCCGCGUGCGCGUCGUGGGCUACGACGAGCGCGUGGACGUGUACGGCGCGCUCGACGCCACGGCCGUCAGCUCGGGCUUCUGCCUGGGCUCGGCCAACUGGGUGCUGCGGUCGGCGCACGAGAAGGUGGCGUACGUGAGCGGCUCGUCCACGCUGACCACGCACCCGCGCCCCAUCAACCAGGCGGCGCUGCGCGGCGCGGACCUGCUGGUGCUGGCGGCGCUGACGCAGACGCCGGCGCACAACCCGGACCACAUGCUGGGCGACCUGUGCGUGCACGCGGCCGUGACGCUGCGCGGCGGCGGCUCCGUGCUGCUGCCCGUGUACCCGAGCGGCGUGCUGUACGACCUGCUGGAGUGCCUGUCCGCGCACCUGGACGGCGCGGGGCUGGCCUCCGUACCGCUCUACGUCCUGUCACCGGUGGCAGACUCCUCGCUCGCCUACAGCAACAUCCUUGCCGAAUGGGUCUCCGUUGGCAAACAGGCGCGCGUGUACCUGCCGGAGGAGCCGUUCCCUCACGCGGCGCUGGUGCGCGCCGGCCGCCUCAAGCACGCGCGCGCUCUGCACGACGACGCCUUCAGCGCAGACUUCCGCCAGCCCUGCGUAGUUUUCUGCGGACAUCCUAGUUUACGUUUCGGUGCAGCCGUACAUCUCGUCGAGCUAUGGGCGUCGAAUCCGGCGCACGCCAUCAUAUUCACGGAACCGGACUUCCCGUACCUGGACGCCCUGGCACCGUUCCAGCCCCUCGCGAUGAAGGCCUUCCACUGCCCCAUCGACACGUCGCUGAACUACUCGCAGGCCAACAAGCUGGUGCGCGAGCUGCGGCCGCGCGAGCUGGCGCUGCCGGAGCAGUACGCGGCGCCGGGCCCGGGCGCGCCGCCGCGGCCGCACAUCGCCUGCGACGCGCCCGUCGUGGUGCUGCGGCGCGGGCUGGCGCGCGCGUGCGGCGCGCGGCGCGGCCUGGCGCGCGGCUGGCUGUCGGCCGCGCUGGCGGCGCGCGUGGCGCCGCGCGACGUGCGCGCCGGCCUGCGCGCCGCGCCGCUGGCGGCCGCGCUGCGCGUGCGCGACCGGCGCGUGUCGCUGGACGACGCGCCGCCGGGCGCGCCCGGGGCCGCGCGCCGGCCGCCGCCGCGCCUGGAGCUGGCGGCGCCGGACGUGGACGCGCUGGUGCGCGCGCUGGCGCGGGAGGGCGUGGCGGACGCGCGCGUGGAGCGGGGCGCGGACGGCUGCAUCGUGCACCUGCCGCGGCACGACACGCUGGUGCACGUGGAGCGCCACGCCACGCACGUGUUCUGCGAGGGCGACGCCGGCGUGCGCCAGGCGCUGCGCCGCGCCAUCGCCGCCUGCAUGCCGCACGUCUAGCGGCCCACCUACACUUACGUCUUACCAAUAAAGAGCAAUAUGUAAAUAUAACCUUCUGUCAUUAUUAA